GAUGAAGACAUGCAUCAAAAAAUUGCAAGAGAAAUGAACCUCUCUGAAACUGCUUUUAUCCGAAAACUGCACCCAACUGACAACUUUACACAAAGUUCCUGCUUUGGAUUAAGGUGGUUUACGCCGGCAACUGAGGUUCCUCUCUGUGGCCAUGCUACCCUGGCUUCCGCAGCUGUGCUGUUUUACAAAAUAAAAAAUGUAAAUAGCACUCUAACCUUUGUCACUCUGAGUGGGGAACUAACGGCCAGAAGAGCACAGGAUGGUAUCAUCCUGGAUCUGCCUCUUUAUCCAACUCACCCCCAGGACUUCCAUGAAGUGGACGACUUGAUAAAGACUGCCAUAGGUGAUACACUGGUCCAGGACAUCCGCUAUUCUCCAGAUACCCGAAAGCUCCUUGUCCGGCUCAGUGAUACUUACAAGAGGUCAUUUUUGGAGAACCUGAAGGUGAACACACAGAAUCUUCUGCAAGUGGAAAACACAGGAAAGGUGAAAGGACUCAUUCUCACCCUUAAAGGAGAGCCUGGAGGGCAGAGCCAAGCAUUUGACUUUUACUCCAGAUAUUUUGCACCGUGGGUUGGUGUGGCUGAAGACCCUGUAACAGGGUCUGCCCAUGCCGUUCUCAGCAGCUACUGGUCUCAGCAACUGGGGAAGAAAGACAUGCAUGGUCAGAAAUCUGGCACAGCUUAUGCUGGUGUGUCUGGUUCAGGGUCUCACAAGGCUGCAGAACUACAGACCAACCCUAGUGAAAUGUGGGAGCGGACUGUACAAGGGUCUGAACAGCAGAAGGUGGGAUCAUUGACAGCCAUUUUGGAGGCAGGCUACCAUACAUGGUGCAUAAGGCAAAAACGGAGUGCUGUCCAAAUUAUUCUUGAAAAUCCUCAUCUGAACACCAUCCUCCUUGGACGGGAAAUUGUCAUUGUGAGGAGUCAAGGAGGUAGUGCCCAAUUUUCACCAAGGAAGCCAAAGUGGCCAGAUGCUACCUCCUCCUGUAAAACAGGGUAUUGGCAUGCUACUCAGGCUCAGCCAAAUCAGAAGCAAUCUUCUGGGAAUUUGGAUCCUGAACAAAGGAAGCAGUAUGUUGGAGGCGGCUGGAGGCCCUGGUCCCUGCAGUGGCUGUUCCAUGACCUAACCUAG